GUAAUUACGUCCUAUUGUCCUGCUAACAAUGAGCCAAUAGCAAGGAUCCGACAGGCCAGUAUGGAAGACUAUGAAGAAACUAUAAAGGAAGCCAAGGAAGCUUGGAAAAUGUGGGCAGAGAUUCCUGCCCCAAAGCGAGGAGAAAUAGUAAGAAAGAUUGGCCUGGCCUUGCGGGAGAAGAUCCGAGUACUGGGAAAACUGGUGUCUUUGGAAAUGGGGAAGAUCUUAGUGGAAGGAAUAGGAGAAGUUCAGGAGUUCGUGGACAUUUGUGAUUACGCUGCUGGCUUGUCGAGGAUGAUCGGGGGACCCGUCUUGCCUUCUGAAAGACCUGGCCAUGCUCUCAUCGAGCAGUGGAACCCGUUAGGCCUGGUGGGAAUCAUCACUGCCUUCAAUUUCCCAGUGGCCGUGUUUGGCUGGAACAACGCCAUAGCGCUGAUCACAGGGAAUGUCUGCAUCUGGAAAGGAGCCCCAACAACUUCUCUCGUUACUAUAGCUGUCACAAAGAUCAUAGCCAAGGUUUUGGAGGACAAUGAUCUGCCUGGUGCCAUUUGUUCCAUGACUUGUGGUGGAGCAGAUAUUGGCACAGCAAUGGCCAAAGAUACACGUGUGAACCUGCUGUCCUUCACUGGAAGCACUCAGGUGGGGAAACAGGUGGCCCUGAUGGUGCAAGAGAGGUUUGGGAAAAGCUUGUUGGAGCUUGGUGGAAACAAUGCCAUUAUAGCUUUCGAGGAUGCAGACCUCAGCCUGGUUCUGCCAUCAGCUCUGUUUGCUGCCGUGGGAACAGCUGGACAAAGGUGUACCUCUGUGAGGCGACUGUUUUUGCACGAAAGUAUCCAUGAGGAGGUUGUACAAAGACUGAAAGGUGCCUACUCGCAGAUCCGUGUUGGCAACCCCUGGGACCGGAAUAUUCUCUAUGGACCACUGCAUACCAAACAGGCAGUGAGCAUGUUUGUUAGAGCCGUGGAAGAAAUAAAGAAACAAGGAGGCACAGUGGUCUAUGGGGGCAAGGUUAUGGAUCAUCCUGGCAAUUAUGUAGAGCCCACCAUUGUGACUGGUCUUGCCCAUGAUGCACCCAUUGUGCAUGAGGAGACUUUUGCCCCAAUUCUCUACAUCUUCAAAUUCAAGAAUGAACAAGAGGUUUUUGCAUGGAAUAAUGAAGUGAAACAAGGACUUUCAAGUAGUAUUUUUACCAAGGAUUUGGGCAGAAUCUUCAGAUGGAUUGGACCCAAAGGUUCAGACUGUGGCAUUGUGAACGUCAAUAUUCCUACCAGCGGGGCUGAGAUUGGCGGUGCAUUUGGAGGAGAGAAGCACACUGGCGGUGGCAGGGAAUCUGGCAGCGAUGCCUGGAAGCAGUACAUGCGAAGAUCCACAUGUACCAUCAACUACAGCACGGACCUUCCUCUGGCUCAAGGCAUCAAGUUUGAGUGAUGACACUUUAUUUGACAUCUCUUAGCCAUUCCUGUGGCUACUCUGAAGAAGCUCAAGGAAACUUUGAUUUUCCCUGAUCGUUUUUUGUGUACAACAGUUUUCUGAUCUCCAGUAAUCCCCAAACCUGACUAAAUCAAGAUACUAAUUUUUCAAAAAUUCAAAUUAAAUAUUCUCAACCUAGCCACAUUUGGCAAAA